AUGAAUGACGAACAGUUCUAUGCAGCUUUUCGAUCAGACGCAAGACAACCUGGCAUAGAAAUCAAUCCCGGGCUGUUUGAAAACAUUAUCAAAAAGGACCGAGCUAAGAUGAAAUUCAUACAGCGGUUCACAAAUCUUUUCACCGGAGAGAAGGAAGAAAGAACAGAUACUACUGGUGCUAUGAACACUGAGCCAAAAGAAACAGCACCCUUGCCCGUUUCGUCAUGCAAAUGCUCAUGUCAUGUAAGUGCCACUUGCUCAGCCAAAGCUUCGGAAGAGAAACAAAUCUACAUUCUUUACUCAGAUAUGGAUGAGUCGUGUCAAGAUAUGAUUGUAGAUUAUUUACUCCGAUAUUGGAACCCAGAAGUUUGCUUUGCAUCGGCAUAUCUCAUUUUGCUCAAACUUGAACGCGAACGCGGACCAGGCUGGAGGUUGGAUAAGAUAUUCAGAAGAGACACUGUUCGCGAAGAUGCCGUACCGAAUUCAACAUUCAAUUUUUGUUUCCGUUCAGAGCACUCCAUGUAUUCUAUUUGGCGUCAAGAAGCGGAAGAGCUCCCAGGCAUUCUAUCAGUUUAGUGGGAAACCAGGCCGUUGCAUAGACUUGGACAAUAUAUCUUUUGUCAGAGAUACCGAAUAGUUUAACACGUUCCAUAUGCGUUGACGGUGGAAAGCAUUGAUAAUGACACUCCAGCUUUUAAUACUUUUGGCUGUUCUUCCCUUCAGCCUUCUCCUUUCACUGUUAAUCGAGAUGCAAAUGAAAUGGAUACACACUUA